AUGACGGCAUUUGUGGAAAGUCGUUUGCAAAAUGUUGAGAGAGUUGUUAGAGACGGUCACGAUGAUCCACUGGAAGAUCAAGGAGCGACGCUCCAAAUAAUGGAGCACUUGGCCAUAAUAUGUCGAUGCGAAUAUGAAAAGACUGCUCAACUUUUAGCUAAUGCUUUUGAUGAGAACGCAAGAAUUAUGGAAGCUGGGCCAGAGGGGGAUAUUCGUGUUGUUAUCGCUGAAGGUCGUCUUGUCUGGCUAGUGACACUGAUCGGUACUGCUGUUUUUGGUAAAACAGCCGUAUCGAAUAACGAGGAACACGAUAAAAUGGAUGGAGACCUUGUUGCAAGAUGCCUGAAAUUCAUGCGAAUCAACGACAAUCGACUCAUUUUCCCCACAACAGUUAAUGCCAAUCCAGGGAAAGGAAAUGUCCGUCUUGAGGUGGCCUUCAUUCAUCUGUUGGAACAGUUCCGUCGUGCAUAUAUUAUGGACCAGAUAACCAAAUCAAGUCCCGGUGUACGACAAGCUGAACACCGAGCUGGGUGUAUCUGA